AUGGCAUCCGUUAGCAGUCUUCUCAUACGCCGGAGCACUGAUUUAAUAGACGUUCGACUUCGAUACCGUGAUCAAUCUCAGGUGAUAGGAUUGCUAGGCACCCUACUCAUCAUUUUCACAGCCCUUGCGUUUGGGUUCGCCAUCUUUUGGGUUGACUACACCUGUAACCAUGUUAUUGGGACUCUGGCUGCCGUCGAAGACUCGCACCCUAAUAGCUAUGUUCGCCUCGACGGCGAAGAUUCUAACGAUUCCUGCGACCCAACUGAUCUCGAUAUCACGGCCCCGGCAACCACUAAGCCUAUCACCAGCGGGCUGCGCUCGGCCAUUAAGCACUUGCGCGCCCGUGGUGGUAUCUGGUCGUGCUUCCGUGGAUUUCGUAUGUAUCUGGCCUUCACGGUUGGCGGUACGGUCGUGAGCUUUCUAGUUCCAGCUACUAUCCGUAUUCCGAUCCACUUUUCUAUCCGUUUAUUGUUUGGACAGUUCGUUGCUAGCAUGCUCUUUGCCACCUGGCAGAUGGCUUGGGUGCAUCUUGUGAUCGCCGAUAAAUCCCCUCGGAGGUCCUACCGACGGAUGCUUGGCCUCCAACAUUGGUCUAGAAUUGCCCCUGCGGCAGCUUUGUACAAUAUCCUUGUGUGUGCGUCUUUUUCUCUGCCUUUAGCCGCCAGAAGCCUCGCCGGCUGGACCGUUAUGGGUGUCAUUGCCACUCGAGGAUUUAGCGAGCUUCUCAACUUUCUCAUUAGCAUUCUUCCGGCUAUCUUUUUCUUGUUGGUUUCCAUUCCCGCCAGGGCAAUAUAUCUCCGUGUGGCUGCCUCGAUGCUGCCCGAGGAGGAUGACCCUAUCGUGCCCUUCGACCGUCUUUUCGGUGGCAAGACAAACCCCGAUACGGUUGGUGGAGGCGGCAAGCUGGGGUUGAAAGAUGCUUGGAUCACGUUUGAACUGUCUGCUCGCUCUCGCUUCUUUAAAAUUAUCCUAAAGGCUCUGGCUAUUGAGGUUACACUGGGUGUGGUCGGGACCCUUCUGGUAAUGGGCGAGGUCUUUUUGGUGACCUCUAUUAGAUAG